UUCAAAGACCCACCUUUUUCUAAAUGUUUUACAUAUGUUGUUACUAUUGUCUGGGGGUUUGAUUAUGAUAGGCUUUAGUCUACUAAAAUGUAGCCAUUUAUUUUUUCGCAUAGUGUAUAUCCCCCACACCUCUCUGCUCGUGACACUGAAAACUCACCCCUCCUCUUCUCUGGUGAAAGCAAGGACCAGAGUCUAUGCUGAAGCCUUCACUGAGCCUAUUUGGCCAGCAGCAGCCACUGUUCCAGCCAAUGCCUCCUACACAUACCCUCGGACCCCCUCCACAGACCCUCGGACCCCCUCCACAGACCCUUGGACCCCCUCCACAGACCCUCGGACCCCCUCCACAGACCCAUGGACCCCCUCCACAGACCCAUGGACCCCCUCCACAGACCCUUGGACCCCCUCCACAGACCCUCGGACCCCCUCCACAGACCCUCGGACCCCCUCCACCAGUAGUAGUGACCCCGGAUCCCCACCGUUUCCCCCUCUCCAGUCCUCUGUCUGCCAAACCUCCCACUCACCUCCAGCUGGUGCAGGGGCCCCCCUGCCCUGUCCCACCUCCCACUGCCCAGGCGACCCUCAACAGCAGGCCCCAGGAGAAAGAUGUUCAGAUCGGGUCCACAGACCAGGACGCUACCUUGGAGGAGCUGUGUAAGCCUCUGUACUGCAAACUGUGCAACGUCACCCUCAACUCUGCUCAGCAGGCACAGGCCCACUACCAGGGAAAAAACCACAGUAAGAAGCUGAGAAAUUUCUAUGCAGGCAGCCAGCAGCCACCUGCCAUCAGGAUUCCAGAGGUAAUAGAGCCACUUUCCCAGCAGCUCCUCAUGACUCCAACAACUGACAGUGCAACUCCCAAACAGCCGGUGUCAUUCAUGGGUGCCAGCAGGGUGAUCUUAGCCACGGAGAACGAUUACUGCAAGCUGUGUGAUGCCUCGUUCAGCUCCCCUGCCGUGGCUCAGGCACACUACCAGGGCAAGAACCAUGCCAAGAGACUGCGGCUGGCUGAGGCCCAGCAAAGCAGUAGCAUCCUAGAGUCGACGGAGUGUGUCCAGAGGCGUCCGAGGAAAGAGGGGAGCGAGUACAGGUUUAUCAAGAACCGUAGGACCCCACAGGUGCCUAUUGCCGUGCCAGGCCCCUACUACAACCCCCGGCCCAGGCAGAGGAUCCCCAGGGACCUGGCCAUGUGUGUGACGCCCAGCGGCCAGUUCUACUGCUCCAUGUGCAAUUCUGGGGCCAGCGAGGAGGCCGACUUCCGCCUUCACCUGGAGAGCAAACAGCACAAGAGCAAGGUGUCGGAGCAGCGCUACCGCAGCGAGAUGGAGAAUCUGGGCUACACUUAGGAGGGCAGUGCCGCAGCACAGGGGAGGAGAGGGGAUGGAGGGUGAGGGAGGGGGAGACAACGACUAUCUUCAUCAUGCACUGUACGCUAGAGGCCAGUAGAAUGGGUAGAGACUAUGUUCUGCAGCAAACUAAAAUGUGUGGAAGAGGAGGGUACAUUUAUGUAAUUUAUAUACAUAAACCACUCUUUCACUCUUUUCCUUUUAAUGUGUAUAAGUUAUUGCUCUUCUGUUCCUGUUUUAGUUUGUUAAUGUAGUGUACAUAUUUGAAUGACAUUUCUAGAAAUAUUUUAAGGUGUGCACAGAAUGUCCACCUGCUGGUACACUUGUGGAUGUUUCACUCUUGCUUGAUUCUGUUUGCCUGUACUGACCCAAGCCUGUGUGUGAUUACCAUGCAUUUUGCAUCUCAGAUGAAACCAGGGAUUUGUCCAUAUUUCACGCUGAAUUUGACCCAUAGUAGGCCUACAUGAAGAACCCACCAUGCUGUAGGGUAUAUUGGUGAAGAUUUGAUCUCACAAUCUGUUUUCUUUCCCCUGUUUAAACCUUGUUAUGACUAGGGUCAGGGACAAUACCAGUAUUGCGAUACUUGUUAAUAGCUUGGCAAGGAAACAAAAAAUGAAGUGGGUUAAACUUCUUUAGGAAAACAACCCUAAUGUUGGAAACAAACAUCAUUAUGUUGUCAACCAGAGUCACAUUUAUUUAUUUCCAAGCUAUAGCACAUAAUAUUUUAUUUACGGCAGGUUUUUAAAUGACCAAAGAGUGUGGUCUGCUUUGUGUUUUCAUGUUUGCCACUGAAAAAAUAUCGCUAUACUGGUAUUGUCACAGCCCUAGUUAUUACCUGAGUUUCAGUAGCUGGACAUCUCUACACUACAGUAUAUGGACAUCCCUUCAAAUGAGUGGAUUCUGCUAUUUCAGCCACACCCAUUGCUGACAGGUGUAUAAAAUCAAGCACACUGCAAUCUCCAUAGAAAAACAUUGACAGUAGAAUGCACUUACUGAAGAACUCAGUGACUUCAUAGGAUGCCACCUUUCCAACAAGUCAGUUGUCAAGUUUCUGCCCUGCUUGAGCUGCCCCGGUCAUCUGCAAGUGCUGUUACUGUGAAGUGGAAACUGUCUAGGAGCCACAAAAACUCAACCGUGAAGUGGUAGGUCACACAAGCUCACAGAACGGUACCGGAAAGUGCUGAGGCGCGUAGCGCGUAAAAUUGUCUGUCCUUGGUUGCAACACACUAUGAAGUUUCAAACUGCAAUGCGAGAACAAUAACUGUUUGUCGAGAGCUUCAUGAAAUUGGUUUCCAUGGCCGAUCACCUGCACACAAGCCUAAGAUCAUCAUGCGCAAUGCCAAGUGUCAGCUGGAGUGGUGUAAAGCUCGCCUCCAUUGGACUUUGGAGCAGUGAAAACACUUUCUCUGGAGUGAUUAAUCACGCUUCACCAUCUGGCAGUCCUACGGACGAAUCUGGGUUUGGCAGAUGCCAAUGCAUAGUGCCAACUGUGAAGUUUGGUGGGAGGAGGAAACAUGGUCUGGAGCUGUUUAUCAUGGUUCGGGCUAGUCCCCUUAGUUCUAGGGAAGGGAAAUCUUAACGCUACAGCAUAGUAUGAUGUUAGAGACGAUUCUGUGCUUCCAACUUUGUGGCAAUAGUUUGGGGAAGGCCCUUUUCUGUUUCAGCAUGACAAUGCCCCUGUGCACAAAGCAAGGUCCAUACAGAAAUGGUUUGUCGAGAUCAAUGUGGAAGAACUUGACUGGCCUCCACAGAGCCCUGACCUCAAUUCCAUUGAACACCUUUGGGAUGAAUUGGAACACAGACUGCGAGCCAGGCCUAAUCGUCCAACAUAUUGAUGCCCAUGAUUUUGGAAUGAGAUGUUUGACGAGCAGGUGUCCACAUACUUUUGGUCAUGUAGUGCAUUUGUAGUAGAGGAAAGAAAAGUUAUAUUCCAGACUUCUACCAGACCAGGAGGCAGUUUCCCAAAAACAUCUUGUUGUCUAUAGUUUAUAGAGAACUACAGAGAUGUGACUACAGUAGGAUCCUAUGGUUCAAACGAUGAACUUAGCCUUAAGAUGCUUUUGGGAAACCGGGUCCAGGUGAAUGCACUGUGAUUGCGGUGACAAUUAUUUCCCCCAGCAGGCUUUGCACAAACAAACAAUGUAUAUUUUUUUAUUUAUUUACAAAAUCUGACUGACUGUUCUCUUUCCUUAUGCAUGUUUACAUGGGUUUGGUACGAUUCCAAGCAUCCUGAACAUCCCAGUAAACUCAGCCUUUUGUCCUGGUCCCUUAUUAUUCUUGGAUGCUGUAAAAGCCAGCUGCUGUAAGCUCCUGACUUCCCUAUGGGAGGUCUGCUCUCCGAAAGCAGAGUACCUCAGGAGAAUACAGAGCAGGACUAUUUUUAAUUGGGUGGCUUAGGGUUAUUUCCACAAGGCCUCUAUUCUGUCUCAUUUAGAGCAAAGGGAGUUUAGGAUUUUAUACAAGCCCAAUUUGUUCAGAUGAGAACCACAACCAAAGCUUGAGUUCAUAUUCCUAUAUAUCUGCCCCUUAAAGGGGCAAUCAGCAGUUGCUACAUCAAUCUUUGGACUUACAAAUAAUUAUACGUACCCAUUGAUUCUUGAAGAAUAUAACUUAGCUUCAUGAGCUUAAUUUAGCUUUCGUACUCCAUCACAAUCCAACAUAUAAGCUUGUUUUACUCCAAUGUUUGUAAACAAUGUAAAUGUUAACAAACACUUUUUAGCCUCAAAACAUUGUUGAAACUAUAAUUUACAUCCAUGAAUUUGAGAGAGAUUACAUUUUUUUAGCACCAUUCCUCCGUGUUUUUACCGAAACAGUGGCCGGGAAAACACGUUGUUAUUGUUUCAACUGCUGAUUGGCACAUGAACAAAUAAAUCGAGGCAUUCAUCGUUGGGUUACACUGGGCCUCUGAUGAUUUGCUUUCUGUAUCAUAAAUGCCCUUGUAAACUAUUUUAAUAUAGCCUUUUUUGUUGCUCUUGACCAUAGUUUCUUUGUUUUAAUUUAAGAAGUGUAUUUUUAUCAUUAUUAUUAUAUAUAUUUUAAAUGGUUUAUAUGAUUUAUAUUGUUUUCUAUAUAUAUUGUUUUUACAGACAAUUAGCCGUAUGAAAAAAUCUACUGUUAUCUAAUGUAGUUGAGCUUCAUGUGUAACACCACUUUAUUUGUACACAAAUUAUUAUGUUAUAAUAUUUCACUGUAUAAAUUAUGUUUGUGAAAUUUACAUUUGUGCAUGAUAUUAUUAGAAUAUAAAUAUAUUUAAUUAUUCAGAAUAUCCUACUAGUGGGAGUGUAGGAACUAGGCCAAUUUUCCAGAGAUAGAGACGGGUCCAUUAUAUUGGACACAAAGUACUGAAUGGGAAUGAGUUACAUUAGUAUUGCACUUGUUGUUAUAAAGGAGAUGGUGGAGUUUUAUACUGAUUUGCUUUGAUUAAUGUUAUUUGUUGAAGUUCUAUUGAUGCGUCUCGAUCUGAUUCAUACCAAAUGUUUACAGAGAGUGGUCUAAAGGGAAGUCGAUCACAUUUAAUGUUGGAUCCAUCCAGGGCCAGCUCUAGGGGCCCUAAGCGUGAUUUGGUUGGGGGCCCCCCUACCUCAUGCCAACACAUUUUAGUGGCCCCCCUCUUGAGGGUGGAGAAAAAAAGUGAGUGAUAAUGACUAACAAAAUCAAUGGGGGCCCCUUGGAGUUUAGUGCCCCUGGGCACGUGCCCUGCAUCCCAGUCGGUAUUAGGCCAUGAUUACUACAAGUUUAGAUAGCUGGCUAGACUAACUACCAAUCUAAAAACUGUCAGCUAACAUGUCUAAUUGAGUGACUGACAUAACAAGAGAAAAACGUCUGAUGCACAAUCACAUUUCUAAAUUGCACCUGAUUCUACUAUUCUUACUCUUCAAAUCAAAUUUCACAUGCGUCGUAAACAACAGUGAAAUGCUUACUUACGGGUCCUUUUCCAACAAUGCAGAGUAAUCUUCCAGUCAUCUUAAAUCCACUUUUUUCAAAUGCUGCUUUAAUACAUAUUCAGUGCCUCAACACGACUUUUGUGAUGGACUGCAGCCAGGGCUGUGUUUUUCUUGGGAGUUCAAACCAAUGUAAUUAAAUGGGCUGCAUUGAUCAUGUUACACAUGAAGUGAUCUACUUCAUCUGGUUCAUCGCUCAAUUUAACCACCCAGAGCAAGGAAGCCUUUUCUAUUUGGAACUAGCACAGCAGCUAAAUGAACCACUUUCAUAAUGAUACCUUUGAAGUCAUAAUAUUAUGCUAGUUUACAAUGAUGUAACAUACCACUUAAAAUGGGAGUGUGUAUCUCCCAAAACUUCAAGGAAGUUCCUCAGAGUGUAUAUUGUGGGUCUGAGUGCAAUUCAUUAGUCUAAUGUGAGUAGUCAUAUCUCAUUCAAUGCCCUAUUUCUGUUAUAGUAAGUGGAGUUGUGUUUGACUGCUGCUACACAUCCAUCCAUGCUAGGCUGUGCAGGCUGUGUUGGCUGUGCUAGUAGCUGUGCAGGCUCUGCUCUGUCCUCUGUGGCGUGAGUCAGGAGCCAUUCCUUGCUGGGCGUAGUGUAGUGCUGCAGCAGCACAUCUGUUUGCCGCUCUAUCAGGAAGUGGUGACCCGGCAUGGGAACUUACCCCAGGGAGAUCCACACAGGCACAACAAACACUCUCCAAAUGGAGCUCUGUGUAUUCAGGCCAUUAUGGAUAUCCUCCUCUCCUCAGCUACGUAUGGCUGGCUCUGAGUUUGGCUCUUUAUCUGCUGCUCAGAAAUAUCACCUCUCUAAGAUAGAGGGUUUUAUAAAUGUCAGAGAUAGUAAACUAUAUCUAGGGAUAAGGGAAUAAAAUAAGUGUUAGCUGCAGUGCCUUUCUAAUGCCACACAAUUUCAUAUCAUGGCUGCCUUGGGCGCAAACAUGAUUCUUCAGAACAAUCAACUUAAUUUCCAUUGGAGGAAGAAAUAUCGCUGCUGGUGCAAUAUGGACAAUAUGACAAUAAUACCAAUUCAUUUGGAUUGACUUCCCUUUAGAGGAAAUAAUUGUAUAACAUAUUGAAUGUAUGUAUAUUUGAAGAAUAACAGAAUGAAAACAGUUGUUUUAGAAACUAUUGGAACACUUAUUUUAGUCACUGUACAAUAUUGGCUAACUAUUUAAUAAAAAAUGUUAUACUUGUUA